AUGGAAGCUGUCCGUAGCUUUGGCAGAGGCCUGGCCGGUGUGCCGAGGAGCAUCGCCGGGGCGCCGAGGCGCAUGGCCGAGCUGGGGCCGACGGGCGUGGCCAGGGCCGUGGUCAACUACCUGGCGCCGCCGCCGAGCAAGGCCGACGACGGACGCGACCAGUGGCCGUCGCGGGCGUCGUUUGUGCUGGCCUGCAUGGGUGGGUGCGCCGGCAUGGGCAACCUGCUGCGCUACCCGUCGGUCGUGUACAACAACUACGGGCUGCAGUGGUACAUACCGUACCUCCUGUGCGUCUUCCUCAUCGCCAUACCCGUCCUCAUCCUCGAGAUCGCCAUCGGCAACGCCUACCGGGGCGGGUCCGUGGUGGCCUUCAACAGCCUGAACCACCGGACAAAGGGCACCGGCCUGGCCAUGCUGUACAUCGGCUUCGUCGUCGGGCCGUACUUCGUCGCCAACCUCGCCUGGAUCAUGAUCUACUUCCGCAACUCCUUCACCAGCCCGCUGCCCUGGGCCGGCCGGGCGACGGCCUUCUACGAGGACGUCGUGGCCAUGACGCCGCUCCCCGUGCCCGGCGAGCUCAGCCGCGACGGCAGCGGCAUCGUCAGCUGGGUCCGCUACGUCGGCACCGACCUCCUGGGCGAGACCGUCGGCUGGACGGCCUUCACCUGGUUCCUCGUCUGGAUCUCCAUCUUCCGCGGCUGCGGCCUGACUGGUCGCGUCGUCUACUUCACCAUGGGCCUGCCCAUCUGCAUCGUCAUCAUCCUCAUCGGCCGGUCGUGCUCGCUCCCCAACGCCGCCGACGGCGUCAAGCUCUACUUCGCCACCUGGAGGAGCGGCGCCCUCACCGACGGCCAGCUCUGGCAGACGGCCAUGGGCCAGGUCUUCUUCUCCACCGGCGUCGGCUUCGGCUACUUCACCUCGUACGCCUCGUACAACCGCAAGCACUCCAACGCCGUGGUCGACUCCAUCCUGGUCGUCAGCAGCAACGUCAUCUUCGAGAACGCCGCCGCCUUCGCCGUCUUCGGCGUCGUCGGCUUCCUCGGCAUGCACCCGGACCCGGCCGAGCGCCUGGGCAGCUUCACCGUCGGCUUCCUCACCCUGCCCGAGGCCGUGGCCAAGAUGCCGGCCGCCAACUUCUGGGCUGUCAUGCUCUUCUUCACCCUCAUGGUCCUCGGCUACAGCUCGGCCUUUGCCAUGCUCGACGCCGUCGUCACCCUCGUCACCGACGCCAAGCCCAGGUGGAACCGCACCGCCGUCGUCACCUCGGCCGUCGUCCUGUCCUUCCUCCUGUCCCUCCCCUACUGCGCCCAGUUCGGCUACUACCUCCUGACCGGCAUCGACCGCUGGAUCAACGACGUCGCCCUCGUCUUCGUCGUCUGGGCCGAGUGCGUCUGCUCCACCACCGUCUACCGCUGGCACGACAUCGUCGACCAGGUCGGCCUCCCCGCCUUCUCCGUCUACAACUUUGGCUUCUUUGGCGGCCAGGUCAUCGGCGUAGCCGUCGGUCAGUCCGUCGGUCCCGACGCCGGCGCCGGCGUCGGAUUCGGCAUUUUCAUCGUCUCCACCGCCGUUGCCGUCUUGAUAUCCAAGACUCCCGAGACACGUGCUCCUAGUUUCUGGUCCAAGAAUGUCUUUACCUCUCGCUUCUGGUACAUGGCAUUUUACUCUGGAAACCAACUCCGGGACGACCUCAACCUCAUCGUAGGCCAGGGCAAGAACUGGAAGAUCCCCGUCUUCUGGUCCCCUCUGGUGCGGUACAUUGCCGCGCCGGCGCUGGCCAUCGUCUUCAGCUUCUCCUACCCUGCGUUCUACCAGCUGCGCAACGACCCCCUCCACGUCUUGGGCUUCGGCGUCGCCCACAUCGGCAUCGUCCUCAUCCUGUGCGGCUUCAUCCUCCCCAAGUGGUACGACGUCUUCAUCCCGCCCGCGCGCAGGGGAGAGGGCAAGUUCCACUUUGGGGCCCAGGUCGAGGCCGACCAGGAGGAGAUGGAGCGGAACGUCGCCUUGGAGCACGGGGCCGCCCGUCUCGAGUCUGACCAUGUGGAUGUCGUCGAUCCGAAGCGUGGGACCGACCAUCUGAGUGCCAGUGUGUCGAAUGAGAAGGAUGCUGCCAAGUGA